AUGGAUAACCCAAACCCUCAAGAAAGAACUGUUCCAAUACAAUAUGUGCGUGGAUCGAGAGCUUUCCGUCAAUUUAAGAAUCCACCCCAGCCUCAUAUGUGUAUUCAGGAUACAAUAAAGGAUACUACGGAAAAACUAUACAUAAAUGUUCUGGGAUGGCAAAAAAUAGCAAAUCCCAAGCAGUACUCUGAUCCAAUACCUUUGUAUGGAGGAAUGCAGGUGCAUCAAGGGUGUGGGCCAAAUAGUAAUAGACCACCUCUACUAGUGUUUGCAGUUAUGGUUAAUCCUGACAUACUUAAAGCAAAUGGAAAAAAUGCUUCAAAUCCAACGGACCGUGAAGCACUAGUCAGCCUUCUCUGCGACUUUGUAGAGGCUAUGAAUCCAGGAUUAAUGCUUACCAGAAAUCCAGUUAUACUGAAAGAUAGAGAUCUGGCGGGCGAGUUAAAAGAUGUGUGGCUCGCUGUUCAGAAUAAGAGGGAGAGGGAGAAGGGACUUAAUCAGGAUGUUAUGUAUAAGGUCUACGACAUCGACGGUAUCGGCAACGAAGAUAUGAAUGAAGACGACCAAGCUAAUAUUAAAAAUGGCAAACAAUUCGACAACGGCUCCCCAAAUAGAAUUUGCGAUAAGAAAACCGUUAAAUCAUCUAAACAGAUACUGAAAAAUGCCGGACAAAAGUCCGAGUUCGAUUCUGGGAUGAACAAUUGUCAAUUGAACCAGAAUAGUACUAGCAGAGAAAGCAGAUGUGGGAGCACGGAUGACACUACUUACUGUACACCAGUGUAUGGACAGAUAGUGUCAAGUAGGGAAAAUCACAACCAAAUAAAUGAUAUACAACAGAAAUUUUCUACUAAUGAAAUGACAAAGCCUUCAAGUUCAUUCCGAAGUGCACCAACUCAAAAAUCAACACAAGGAUGGGACGAGUUCUCAAAACGAAAUUUACCCAAAACGGAUGAUGCUAAAAAGAAAACUAAAAGUGAUAAAAAAAUGACAAACGGCAAAUCACACUUUGAUUUCUUCCCCGUCUUUGACAAUAAAGCAGUGAACGACCCAGAAAAUACUAAGCUAGAGGAUAUAACAAACGAAGAUUCUAAAAUAAUUAUAGAUCCAAUGCAGAAGUUAGUUCUGCACACGACUGAUAAUAAACUUUGUGAUAAUAAAAAUAGUGCUCUCAGCUCAUUUAGUUCG